GAUUUUUCUGCUGCACUCACAUAUCCCAACAUUUACUUUCAAAGGACUGUUAUCUUUUCUGCUACCGGAGACGCAAAACGCCGAAACUCACAGUUUGACUUCCUACUCGUCUGAGUAUACUGAGUAGAGACCCGUGACGCACUUGAACCAUAGUAACUUCUAGCCGAGCAUAGAACCGUUCCCAAGUUGGGCCAUCCUCCAGAGGACGUUGCGCGCGGCGUCGCGCCGUGCCUCCGCUCGCUCAAUGCACAGUGCGCUUGGCAGUGCGUCUCAACAGAUUGCCAACCUGCGUUCGUUGACAGUGUCGUGGUGACCGCAUCUCUACAGACAACGCGCCCCAUCGCUUGAGUCGCUGCUAGUGCUACUUGAGUCCCUCGCAGCCAUGCUGACUCGGCGACGUGCCAGGCUGCAAGGGGCGGCUCUUGGUGAAGAACAACGGCCCCCUCCUGUCGCAGCGGCCCCGAUCGCCUCACUGAGUGACUUGUCCCUCGAACUGGUGUUUUCAUUUCUGGAUAUUCCUGACCUCGUUCGGGCAUCGCAGGUGUGCACCCGUUGGCGUGACCUAUGCUCCUCCAAGCGGCUGUGGUCUUCGCGCAGGCUCAAUUGGUGGCGGUGGCCGCUUCGUGCGGAAGAGGAGCGGGCCCUGCGCGCGGUGCGUCUGCUGCGACGCACCCAGGGCGUCGUCCGCUACGAGAAGGUGAUCCUCACGUUGGGGUCCUGCUUUUCGGUGUCCUUCUCGGAGGACGCUGGGACGCUGAUGCUUUCAACCCCAUCGUCGCUGAUGGCACUACUUAGUCUCCGACAUUUGGUCAAAGACCACGUCAAGACUUUGGUUUUGGAAGAGAAGCUGAGUCUGUUCACGGCGUUCGAGGCUCUGGCAGUCUGGGAAACGAUUGCCAGCAAGACCUUCAUCACCUGGCUGAGCAUCACACUGUGCAGGGCCAGCCCAUUGCAUGGGGUCGUCUUCGACUGGCCUGCGCGGGGCUCCCUCACCACCCUGUGGUUUAGUGUCCGCGACCAUGCGCCGUUCGCGACGCUGUGCCGCCCGAUUCGGUCGCUGCUUCAAGUCCAUCGUGACCAGUUGGCGAGGGUUGACAUUCGUUCAAAGGAUCAGCAAGGCUUGCUGGACUUCCUGCCACCCCGUUUGCGUACUCUUCAGGCGGUAAUUCUACCGUCCUUAAUCCAAGUAUUGAAGCCCCUCAAGUUUCUAGGCACCCUGUUCUUGCGCGCCCCGAGAGGUGAGGAAGAGGAGUGUCUUCGAGUCCUCGAAAAGAUAUUUCUCUUGCGUAACCUCUGGGAGCUUUGUCAGCUGGAAAUCUUAUUCCAACGAGGUACUUGCAGUGUUCACGAUAGCUGGGAGGUCCUGGCCAACAUACCGGGCAGGUUCCUGCGGUAUGUCACCCUGCGCGGCGUGUGCUGCUCCCUGUCUGACCCGGGAGAUGGUCCCGGUGCGCUCAAGGACCUUCUGACAUCGCUGCCUGUGGUGCAAACGCUGAAGCUGGAUGUGGAACCAGCCACUUUUCCACUGCACGCCCUGCUGCCACGCUCGACGGACGGCCGCAGCGCGGAGCCCCUGGCGCGGCUGCCCGACUCGCUGCGCCUCCUCACUCUGGGCGACGCGGACGUACCCGGCCGGCUGUGCGACUCGAGGUGGCUGCAGCAGCUGCGGCGCGUCAUGGACGACGCCCAGAAGCUGCACGUCAUACUGCAGGGUCCCUGUCUGCCCGCCAAGGGUGGCGGCGGCGCCCCCGGCAGAGGCCGCCUCUGCAACGCCGUCAUCCUCCCGCACUCCACCAACCACUCCUGCCAGGAGUGCCCGGCGAAGGUGAAAGGAAGUCACAGAGUGUACAUCGGGGAAUUAUGUGAUAAGUAGGUUAAGUGGGACAGUUACAUUGUUUUUGCUACUCACUGUAAGAACGAUCUCACCCUUUGUUCAAAAGUAAUUUUAGGUAAAAUUAGCACACCUGUGCAUACACAAUUAAUUUCCAAAAAUGUGUCAGACAUUGUACGUUUUGUACAUUAUAGGUACUUAUUGAGCCCAAUAUUUUAAAUAUUUUAAUCUGUAAGUGAUCAACAUGAAAUUAUACAGCUAUGUAUACAGUCAAUUAAAUAACGCUAUCAAAAUUGUUGAAGAAAUGUUUUAUCCCUGUUACAAUAAAAUAAAUUGUAUACAUUCUCUACAGAA